GGUGGACUUGGUGGCGCCCAAGCAUUUGCAAGCUCAGUAAAACUCGUAAAUUUGCUAAAGAAGCAAAGGGAAUCAAAUAGACCCUAUGGAGCAAUAUGUGCAUCACCAGCUUUAGUCCUGGAGCCACACGGGUUACUCAAGGGCAAAAAGGCCACAGCCUUUCCUGCAAUGUGCAACAAGCUGUCAGAUCCAAGUGAGGCAGAGAACAGGGUUGUGGUUGAUGGCAAUCUCAUCACUAGCAGAGGACCAGGAACAGCCAUGGAGUUUGCACUGGCAAUCACAGAGAAGCUGUUCGGGCGGAAGAACGCAAUAGAGCUUGCAAAAACGAUGGUUUUUGUACGUCCAUAG